GUCAGUGCUCGCAGAAUAAGUAGUACAAUAAAGGUGUUUUCUACUGCUUUAAAACUACGCACGAACGUGAACGAAUCCGCCGGUUUAAUAUCUCCACCUGCGGGAGAUCCACAUGAUGAGAAAAUUAUAUUAUGAAUAAAAAUGGAUCAUUUAUAAUAUCCGGAGUUUUAAUGAACUAUAUAGUAAGUCGAAGUAUUCUUUAAAGACGAAUCGGAAUGCUUCGGAAGGAGACCUCCCGGUCAUACCACGAAUUCAAUGACGAGGAAGAACUUCAAACCCCAGACUUCUACCAAGACAAUGACAGUGCCAACGGUGGCCCGGAGGAGCCAGAAGAAUCCAUUGCCAGUGUUCUACCAGAGGAGGACAUGGUGAACAGCAAUCCAUUUACACUAUUCAACAAGGCCUGUCUGAAGAACGUGUUCACUGUCCUGCUGCUGUUCAUCUACCUGGUGCUGACUGCUGUGGCUGUGUUCCUGGCCUAUCAAACCAUCACUGACUUCAUGGAGAAGCUCAGUCACCCUGUCAUGUCUGUCACAUACAAGGAGGUGGAUGCCUUCUCUCCCCCAGGCAUCGCCCUGUACCCUGGUUCGGCUCAGCUACUGAGCUGUAAACACCACUACCACGCCCAUAUCCCCCCACUGGUCACCCCGGGGAAGCCCCAGCCAGGAGAUUGUGUCAUGGAGGAAGUGACCUACACUGGCCCCUACACCAACCACACUGUGAAGCAAGCCUUGGUGGUCAGCGGUCCAACAGAUGUCAGAAACAGAGAGUUGAUCUUCCUGCAGUUCAGUCAGAACGAGACAGAAGAGGAUUUUAGUGCCAUCACAUACAUGCUCUUCGACAAAUACAACGACCUGUCCGGGAGCGUGGAUAAAUCAGGGUUCAUGCAGGACUGUGAGAGGAACUACUCCAUGGUGACGUUCUCUGGAGGCUUCAGGACCUGGGUCAAGAUGUCACUGGUCAAGACCUCUGGGAAGAAAAACGAGUCCAUGGAGUUCCGGCAAGAGUCUAGUGUGGUCAAAUAUAAUGACAAGAGGCCCGUAUCAGAGCAAAAAGCCAUCCAGCUUUUCUUUGUUGUGUUUGAAUGGAGGGAUCCCUUUGUACAAGAAGUCAGAGAUAUUGUGACAGCCAAUCCGUGGAAUACCGUAGCCAUCCUGUGUGGUGUGUUCAUGGCUCUGUUCAAGGCGGCUAACUUUGCCAGUUUUAGUGUGAAAUGGGUCAUCAAGAUUCGUAAGAGGCAUCUGAGGAACAGAAACAGGGAACUGACCACAUCGUCUCAGAGAUACGUAGUAACUAAUACUGACAUUAAUAGAAUAGAAGAAUAACUUUCAUUUUUUUCCGUGAACGAACUUCUUUCAAUCAAUCAAUGAGGCACCUGCUUUGAACUGUAAAUAUUGCGGAUCAUCAUAUCACAUUUUGUAUGUUUUAAGUAUUGAUGAGAUUGUAACGUAUCGGAUUUUAGACAACUCAACUAAAGGUCAAAUUCACAACGAUUUUUAUUCCUUUAUACAUACGUAAUUUGUAGCGUUACAAAAUGUGACUGGGAAAAUAGGAUUGUAAAAAUGUAUUUAUGAAUGUUAUGAAACUGGUUUAUACCAUCAACAACUGACAUCAACUACUGACAUGAACUACUGACAUGUAAGCCAAAGGGAACUCCCUCAGUUUACCUUCCAUAACAUUCUUAAAUCUGAGUUUCAAUUGAGCAGUGAGAUGUUUUAAAACGUGUUUUAUUUUUUAAAUUUUUUUUAGAAUAACAUAAAUUCUUAAGUAUCUUAUCACCUCUAAAUUACUGGAUAUUUUAUGUAUAUACUGUAUAUUAAAAAAAAAAUGUAAAGGGAACAAUGAGUAAUACUUACCAAAUGUGGACCAUGAUGCAAUUGCUUAUUUGUUUGUUUUUCUGUUGUUUGUUUCCUUUUUUUAUACAAAGAAUGGGUGAAUCUAGAACGAAGGAGUCAAUCUCACUGGAGGACUCAUACGACUGAACGACUGACUCAUACGACUGAACGACUGACUCAUACGACUGUACGACUGACUCAUACGACUGAACGACUGACUCAUACGACUGACUCAUACGACUGAACGACUGACUCAUACGACUGAACGACUGACUCAUACGACUCAUACGACUGACUCAUACGACUGACUCAUACGACUGAACGACUGACUCAUGCGACUGAACGACUGACUGAACGACUGACUCAUACGACUGAACGACUGACUCAUACGACUGAACGACUGACUCAUACGACUGAACGACUGACUCAUACGACUGUACGACUGACUCAUACGACUGUACGACUGACUCAUACGACUGUACGACUGACUCAUACGACUGAACGACUGACUCAUACGACUGAACGACUGACUCAUACGACUGUACGACUGACUCAUACGACUGUACGACUGACUCAUACGACUGUACGACUGACUCAUACGACUGAACGACUGACUCAUACGACUGAACGACUGACUCAUACGACUGAACGACUGACUGUUACUGAACCCAGAGUAAUAGUCUACUACUGUUUUCUUUACUUCUACACACUAGGCAAAUAUUUACGAAUACCACCUCAUCCUGCCUGUGAGCUUUCUACUUUAUUUACACAUCUUGGAAAAACUGGACUGAUCAACAAGCACCUGGGAUUUACUUGAAAUUGUGUAGAGCUUUUACUGUGAAAUAAAACCAUUUGCUGUGCAAA